AAUAAUAAUAAAGCAUGAGCGCUAACCAUAACUUGCACCGUCAAAUUUACGAUCAGCAAUGAUUGUGCGAUGAGAAAAACAAUUGAAAAGAAAGUCGAUUAGAAUUUGGUAUCGAGAGUACUUGAGAGGGUCGAAUUCAAACGGUGACCAGAUUUUCGUUCAAAAUUAAUGCGCAAGCUGUACAGUACAUUUGCAAACAUGAAAUUGCUGGUCCAAUCAAUCCAACCAACUGGCAAAACACACUCCGGCACCGUGAUUUUUCUGCAUGGAUCAGGUGACACGGGCAGCAAUCUUGUGGAAUGGAUAAGAUUUCUCAUAGGCAAGGACCUACAAUUUCAACAUCUCAAAGUCAUCAUACCCACUGCACCAGUUCAACCGUACACUCCGUUAGACGGCGAACCGUCACACGUUUGGUUUGACCGACUUGCAAUUAGUAAAAAGGCCAAAGAAUGUCGCACAUCAAUGGAGGCUGCCUAUGAAUAUGUCAACGAACUUAUUCAAACGGAAAAGGAAAACGGAAUUCCACCGAAUCGAAUUGUUAUUGGUGGUUUUUCAAUGGGUGGUGCUUUGGCACUGCAUACAGCAUUGCAUGUGAAUCGUGAGUUGGCCGGUGUAUUCACGUGUUCGUCAUUUUUAAACGAUGAUUCAUUGGUCUUCGAAUCAUUGCGGUCGAAUCAACAAAAUGCCGGCUCCUUGCCAAAUUUACUGAUGUACCAUGGUGAACGUGAUUCGUUGGUGCCCAUGUCUUGGGGCAAAGAGACAUACGAUGAACUGCUUAGCCUUGGUGUCACCGGUGAAUUUAAAACGCUCAAAAAUGCACUACACGAACUGAAAGCCAAUGAAUUACUAGAAAUCCAAGAAUGGAUUUCAAAAUUGGUGCCACCGCUGGAGAGUGACAUCCAAAAUAAAUUGUAGCACUUAUUCAAUUAACUGCUGCUGCAUGAUAUUAGACAAAAUUACGAAAAUAAAGUGGAGACAGGCAGAUUCGCUCUAGGGGAAUAUCACGCUUAAAUUAUUUCAAAUAUUGCAAAAAAUCCAAUUUAUCUCUAAAGAAUCUGUCGUAUGAAAUAUGGUGGAUAUUUGUGAAUACGGCGGAAUAUUGUGGAUUUUUGUGAUUAUGAAUGAUAUUUAAAUGUAUUUAUUCGGAUUUAAUGCAAAAAAUCUCAAAUAUCUCCAAAAUCCACAAAAAUCUGAUUUAUUUAUUCGAAAUAUUCGAAAAUAUGUCAUAAAAUUGAUGUUUAUUUCAAAUAUCUUAAAUAUCUCACAAGAUUCAGGAGCGUGAUAUUCCCCUAGGAUUCGCUUAUUCUAACAGAUCUGGAAUUUUAUUUUUAGCUCAUAAAAUUUAUUUACAACCAAAAAAUCGAUAGAAUAAAUCUUGAAUAGACGCAA